CAUUUUCACUCUAUAGGGACCCCAUAAUGAAGAACCAGGACAACAAGUAAGUAACCACUAACCACUGCGUCAGUGAAAUAGAUCCCAAGAACCAACAAGCUCUGAUUUAACGACGAUGGCCUGAACCAACCAUCAAGCUUCUUCUCGAAGUUUCAAUCUCAAUAUGGAAGCAGUUUCUUAUUCAAUUCCCUCCUCUACCAAAUUCCAAUCACUUCAUAUUUACACCAAACCCACUCGCUCCAAACUCACUCUUCGCCCGCAUCAAAUUUCAAUCAAACCUUUCUAUUCUUCCAAAUUCCUCAUUCUCCACCACCACCGCCUCCGCUGCGUCGCCGCCGAAUCCACCAGUAACCACCACCACAAUCAUAACCACCAUGACCACCACCACGACCACGAGCACCACCAUAAUCACCACCACCAUCAUCACCACCACUCACACGGCACCGAUGACGCCAAUCUCACGGGGCCGCAAAAAGCGAUCAUCGGGUUCGCCAAAGCCACUAGAUGGAUGGACUUGGCGAAUGUCCUGAGGGAGCAUUUGCAUCUAUGCUGCAUCUCCGCGGCUUUGUUCGUCGCCGCCGCGAUUUGCCCUCACACCUUGCCUAAACCCUUGAUCAAGCCUUUGCAAAACACACUCAUUUUCAUGGCUUUUCCUUUGGUUGGGGUUUCUGCGUCACUUGAUGCUCUUAUUGAAAUUAGUAGUGGAAAAGUGACUAUCCAUGUGUUAAUGGCAAUGGCUGCCUUUGCAUCGAUAUUUAUGGGAAAUGCUGUGGAAGGAGGGUUACUUCUUGCCAUGUUUAAUCUCGCGCAUAUAGCUGAAGAGUAUUUCACCGGCCGUUCGAUGGUUGAUGUUAAAGAGUUGAAGGAGAAUUAUCCAGAUUUUGUGCUUGUUUUGGAUACGAAGGAUGAUAAACUCCCUAACACAGUUGACUUGGCAUACAAGAGAGUUCCCGUGCAUGAUGUGACUGUAGGAUCAUAUAUUCUGGUUGGUGCUGGCGAGUCUGUGCCUGUAGAUUGUGAAGUUUUCCAAGGCGGUGCUACAAUUACCAUUGAGCAUUUGACAGGGGAAGUCAAACCUCUGGAGGCCAAGGUUGGAGAUAGAAUUCCUGGUGGUGCUCGGAACUUAGAUGGUAGAAUAAUUGUAAAGGUGAUGAAGACAUGGAAGGAAUCAACACUCAGCAGAAUUGUGCAGUUGACUGAAGAAGCGCAGUUGAAUAGACCUAACCUUCAAAGGUGGCUGGAUAAAUUUGGUGAACGUUACAGCAGAGUUGUUGUGGUGUUAUCAAUUGCUGUUGCUGUUAUUGGACCACUUGUAUUUAAGUGGCCAUUCUUUAGUACACCAGCUUGCAGAGGUUCAAUUUACAGAGCCCUAGGGCUCAUGGUUGCAGCAUCACCGUGUGCCUUGGCUGUGGCCCCAUUGGCUUAUGCUACAGCAAUAAGCUCCUGUGCAAAAAAGGGGAUAUUACUCAAAGGUGGACAUGUUCUGGAUGCUCUAGCUUCUUGUCAUACUAUUGCAUUUGACAAAACCGGGACAUUGACAACUGGUGGACUUGUAUUCAAGGCAAUUGAGCCCAUUUAUGGUCAUCACAUUAUAAACAAGGAAGCGAACAUAUCUUCCUGUUGCAUUCCCACCUGUGAAAAAGAAGCUCUUGCUGUUGCUGCAGCUAUGGAAAAGGGCACUACCCACCCAAUUGGAAGGGCUGUGGUUGACCAUAGUGAAGGCAAAGACCUCCCAUCUGUUUCUGUUGAAAGUUUUGAAUACUUUCCUGGUAGAGGCCUGACUGCUACUGUUAACAGCAUUGAGUCAGGAAACGGAGGUGCUAAACUAUUGAAAGCAUCACUCGGGUCUGUAGACUUCAUCACUUCAUUUUGUCAAUCUGAAGACGAAUUAAAAAAGAUUAAGGAAGCUGUUGAUACAUCUUCCUAUGGAGGAGAAUUUGUCCAUGCUGCCCUUUCAGUUAAUCAGAAGGUAACAUUGAUUCAUCUAGAGGACAGGCCUCGUCCAGGGGUUUUUAAUGUUAUUCAGGAGUUGCAAGAUGAAGCAAAGCUUCGUGUGAUGAUGUUGACUGGUGAUCAUGAAUCUAGUGCAAAGAGAGUUGCAAGUGCCGUGGGCAUCAAUGUGUUUCAUUGCAAUCUGAAGCCCGAAGAUAAGCUGAGUCAUGUAAAGGAUAUCUCAAGAGAUAUGGGGGGAGGCUUAAUUAUGGUUGGUGAAGGUAUUAAUGAUGCCCCAGCACUUGCUGCUGCAACUGUUGGAAUUGUUCUUGCACAACGUGCUAGUGCAACUGCCAUAGCUGUUGCAGAUGUAUUGUUACUUCGAGAAAAUAUUUCUGCAGUGCCUUUUUGUAUUGCCAAGUCUCGUCAAACAACUUCACUGAUUAAACAAAAUGUGGCUCUGGCGUUGACCUCUAUUAUCAUGGCUUCUCUUCCGUCAGUUUUAGGAUUUGUGCCAUUGUGGUUAACGGUUCUUUUACAUGAAGGUGGAACCCUGCUUGUUUGUCUCAAUUCAAUACGUGCUUUAAAUGAACCAUCUUGGUCCUGGAAGCAGGAUGUAUUAAAUUUGAUUACCGAGGUUAAAUCUAAACUCCUAUCUCUGAGGACAAAUAUCACUGGCCCAAGCAGCAUCACAACGGCAAAAUUGUGACCGUAGCAUUGUUUGAAGUAGUGUGUUGUAGAUUAAUAUUGUGUUUAUUGAGGAGAGUCUCAAUACCACUUGUAUAUCAGUAGGCAUCUUUUUCAUCCCAGAUGAUUGAGCAUCCCCUAUUUAUUGAGGUUAGUUCCCUAUUUUAAACCCUCGUGUUCCCUUCCAAUCAAUAACAAAAAUGGGAUAUGAAGGGAAAAAUAUGCACGUACACUUUGCUGUCAAAAGUUGAUAGAAAAUAAAGAUAAGAUGUAUAUGGUGAAA